AUGGCUUUUGAGGGGGCCCCUCCCGGACGCCCGCACCCCUUGCCAGCGCCCAAGGGCUCCAGGCUGCCUGACCAAAGACACCGCGAUGUGGCCCACGCUGAACCCAGGCCGAGUCGGGCUAGAGUGGGCCGGGAAGGGCUGGGCCAAGGAAAGGAUACUCUUCCUUCAGGUCCCUGCGCUCCUGCCCUCUGCUGGGUGCUCCAGUAUGUUCUGUGCCGUGAGGUCGCCCUUCCCAAUGGACCCCUUUACCGCGUUGCUGGGUUCCCUCUCUCCAUCCCAUGUCAUGUGUCCGGAUAUGAAGGAUCACGUACCCAGGAGUUUGAGUGGUUCCUCUACAGGGAAGAUUCCGGUGGAAGGCAGAUGGGAGUGGUGUCCACCAGAGAUAAAGGUUUCCCUUAUACCCCUUUCCAGGCCAGAGUGAGGAACGGGGAGGUCAGGGUGGAAAGGGAUUCUGGGGAUAAGGUCCGACUGGUGAUCCAGAGGCUUCGGGUCGAAGACCAAGGAAAAUAUGAGUGUUAUACACCAAGCACGGACACUACCUACCAGGGAAAUUACAGUGGCUCAGUUACUGUCAAAGUGAUUCCAGACUCUCUCCAAAUCAGCUAUACUCGCUCCCUAACCAGCCAGCCUGUCCCAGAAGGAGCUGAAUUAACUUUGACAUGCUCGUCCAGCAUCCGGUCUGAGCAGCUCACCCAUCUGUCCAUCACGUUCGGAAAGCGUGACGGAGGAGAGCGUUCAGACAGCGGAGCUGGAGGCGAAGUCAGCACCAUAAGAGAGAUCAUCUCCAUCGACAGGCUUCUGGGUGUUGUUCCAGGACGGUUCUACAAGAAACGCUACGAUGAUGGAGAGAUCACACUGCAGAAGAGGAACGGAGAGGGCGGACAGGGGUUGUACGUGAUGAAGAUGAAGGCCGUGCAGCCUGAUGAUGCUGGGUCGUACUUCUGUGAGGCCUCGCAAUGGAUUCGGGACCCUGAUCGCACAUGGCAGAGGAUCGCUCAAAGAACCCUGGAUAUCGGCAACUUAACAGUUCAGCCACUAGCGGAGUCUCUGGGUGUAACAUCCUCGCCCAGAGGGGAGGUGACCCUUCAAGUUGGUUCCCCUCUCAUCCUGACCUGUGAGGUGUUGGGUCUGGCAUCUGAAGUGAACUCAGGUCUGUUGGUUCAGUGGAUGAAAAGGGGAUCUGUCAGUGGAGAUAUAGCUGGAACCGGAGGAGUAGAGGUUGAAGUUGCUCGAAUGAGCCCGGAUGGUGUCGUAAGCUGGGGAGAUGACCUCAGCAGAGCCAGUGGUGGCUCCAUGGAGAAAGUAUCAGAGGGGAAGUACUCUUUGAAGCUCUUCUCAGUCCGACCUGCAGAUUCCGGGGUGUACCGCUGUGUGGUCAGUGUGUAUGCUGGCAGGAAAAACCCCAGCCCUUCUACGCCUGCAACACUCACCCAAAGAUCAGAUGGAGUCACAGUCAACCUGAAGAUCAAAGAAGUUUUGGUUUCAGCUGUGGCUCAGCUCCCCCGUGGCCCCCUGCUGAAAAGAGGCAGUACCGUCACCCUAAUCUGCAACACCACUGUGACGACCACAGGUCCAGUGCAGGUUCAGGUGCAGUGGCUGCGUUGGCCGAUGCCUAAACCAGUCAACCCCAGGAAACCUGGGGGAGUUCAGUUGGACUCUGGAGCUGUAACACCACCCAUGCUCAUUGCUGCUCUAAUGUAUGACGGUGUAGCAAAUAUCUACGUCAACGACAGUGAGAUCAGCAUUGACCGGCUGUCUGCCAUCAGCUACAGACUGAGAAUCCACAUGGUAACGGUGGAGGACCAGGGCUUGUAUGGGUGUCGUGCUGAAGUGUGGGGGCAGGACCAGCAUGGAGGCUGGUACAGCACUGGAGCCAAAGCAGAGUCAAACGCAGUGAAUGUUUACCUGUAUGCCAGAGCUGCAGACCUCCUCCUCAUCCCGCUGGUGGUAGGAAUCUCAUCGGCCUUGUUUGUCGGCAUCCUCAUUAUUGCAACGGUAACCUGCUGCUUUAUGAAGCGACUAGCAAGACAGAGAGCUCCUAAAUAAGGGUCAAAGUGGGCAGCAGCUUUUUAGUGACUGCUCUUUGUUUACUGGGAGCUACUGUCGAGAUUACAGCGGUGGAAAACGUCCACCCCACUCCAAACUGACUUGAAAACUAAAUUAAAGACUUUGGCGUCUUUUAUCUCAGUGUUCUGUGUUUGGACCUUUUUGUUUUGCAAUCCAUGCCAAAACAUUUAUUUUUUUACAUUCGCUCAAUGUUUAGUACUAUGUUGUGCACUAAUAGCAGGUUAGAACCGUAGAUUUUUCUGCCUCACUUUGCAAGUGGAUUUGAUAGCUGUUUUCAUGUUAUCCAUAACCACAUUUUUAGUGCUAUUCUUGUUUUUUUUUUUUUCUUUUUUGCAAAAUAAAUAAGGGGUUGUAAAGAUAAUUGAAAUCAAUGCAGGUUUUAGUGAAGUUAUUCUUUCUGUAGAAGAUUGUCAGAUGUUAAGUAGCCAUGCUGCUCAACUCAUCAGAUUAUUUUUAUAUAAUGCUGGAUAUGUAGGUCAUUAUAUGUUCACCAUUGGUGCAGCGUUUUUUGUGGAUAAAAGCAGUUAUGUUUUCAGGUUGCUUUUCAUUCAAGCUGCAUGUUUUUGUUUUGAAUACAAGACUCCACAAUGUACAAAAGGUAUGUGCAUGGCUUUAGGUGCUAACUGGCAGUCAGGUGAAUGCUGAUUGAAGCUGUUUUGCCAGUUUCUUAUCUUUAGCCCAGAGCAGGUCUGCAAGUAAACAAAGCCUAUGCUGGUGAGUUACUGUCCUAUGGAAACCAGUCCAGUUGAUGGUUGCUUUCUGUUGUCAAUUUUGUAAAACAGAACUGAUGUGUUUAAAAUGUUAUAUUUUAUCAAUUUGAAUGCGAUAAAU